AUGAAGCUUCAGUCACGGGGAGGAGCCAGAACCUAAAGAGAUGCAGAGAACCGCUCCGAACAGAGGACUCAGAGACACAGGAAAAUACAAGCCAGCUGAUAAGAAAGCUGGGAAAUGACUUGGAUUCUAUGAAACUGGUUUGCACCGAUAGGAGAAAUGAGUAUUGCUGAUGGGAAUGCACGUUAUGUGUCUGCUUUCAGGAUACAGCUGUCAAGCUCCCAGUCAAAGGGAGCCAACGGACAAGUAUCCCAAUCCACACACAUUCCCAUAAUUCCCACAACCGUGGGGAAGCCUGGAGACACAUCCAAUGCAGGCAAGUCUGGACACUUCUUCCAGCUACACACAAGUAUUUUGAGGGGUAACCACAGCCAUAAUAGUGUUCUGGAUCCACCCCAUUUCACUGAGCCCCUACAGGACUGUAUAGUGGAUGAAGGAAAUGACAUCACACUGAAAGGGACUAUAACAGGGAGCCAGCCAAUCAGCAUUUCCUGGCUUCAUAACGGUGAGGCUGUGCUGUUUGGCAAAUCUUCAUUAGUGGGACGAGUGGUGACUUUGGUAAUUAAGGAAUGUCUCCCAGAGGAUGCUGGGGCUUAUACAUGUGUGGCCGAAAACACAGCAGGAAAAACAUCCAGCAGUGCAGCAGUGUGUGUGAGAGACUAUGAAACAAUAGUUGGGAUCGGUAACGACAUUACCGACACAUUUCACUCUCAUCCUAACACUCCUGACAUGCUAAGCGGGGUCUUAAACUCCUCUCAGAACGUCCCAGAUGACAUCCGUGUUUCUAAAGGCCCACAGUCACCACAGACGCCUCAGACAGGAAGUCCUAUAACAAGCUCCCCAGCACUCAAGAGAGAGGUGCUUGUCAAGAGAAGGAGCAGCUCAGGUCCAGCACCUCCUCUGCAGUUUGUGGAUCCGUUAGAUCGCCUGGAGGUGCAUGUUGGAGAGACGGCCUGUUUGAAGUGUGUGUUCAAAGGCAGCUCUCCUGUAGCUUCUUGCUGGGUCUGUAAAAAAAAAGAGGUGGUGGAAAGCUCCAGGUUUCGUAUUGAGUCCUGUGAUGAAAGCAGUUCUCUGGUGAUUUCCGAAGCCGUUCCUGAGGACUCUGGACGUUACACGAUAUUUGUACGAGAUCGCAAAAGUUCAGCCCAACACACAGUGACCCUUAAUGUCAUUGACCUGCCUCAGCCUCCUGCCUCCUGUCCUGUGGUGUACGUCCUCUCCCCUCACGCUCUGGUUUUGUCCUGGUCUGGGCCGUCUUAUGAUGGUGGCAGUGCUGUGACUGGAUACGUGGUGGAGGUUUGUGAAAACCCCGGGGCAACUGAUCAGUGGAGAGAGCUCACAUCCCAGUGCAAGAGCACCUCGCUCAGGGUGACCUCAGGACUCCAGCCUCAAGGAGAAUACUGCUUCCGGGUCAGGGCCUGUAACGCUGUGGGGGUUAGCGAACCCAGCCAAGAGUCCCAGCCAAUCAGGAUGGACAACACAGGAGAGCCCUGUGAUGAGAAACCAGUGGAGUAUGUGACUGUGACCAUCAACACUGUGGAUAAACUUACUGACCACUACAAUGUCCUGGAAAAACUCGGAGUAGGGAAGUUCGGCCAGGUGUUUCGGAUGACCCAUAAGGAGACGGGCCGAGUUUGUGCUGGAAAGUUCUACAAAAGUCGUCGGAUAAAGGAGAGAGAGGCCGCGAGGAAAGAAAUAGGGCUGAUGAAUUUCUUACACCAUCAAAAGCUUGUCCAGUGUCUUGCCGCAUAUGAUAACAAGGAUGAGAUGGUCAUGGUGAUGGAAUAUGUUGCUGGUGGAGAGCUGUUUGAGCGCAUUGUAGAUGAGAGUUUUGAGCACACCGAAGUGUCCAGUGUGGGCUACGUGCGUCAGAUUCUGGAGGGGAUUCAGUACAUGCACCAGCAAAAUAUUAUCCACCUGGACCUCAAACCUGAGAACAUCGUCUGUGUGGACAGGACUGGGAGUCAGAUCAAAAUCAUUGACUUUGGACUCGCUAGCAAGCUGGAUCCCAACACACCUCUGAAGGUGAUGCACGGCACUCCGGAGUUUGUUGCUCCUGAGGUGAUCAACUUUGAGCCGGUCUGUCUGAACACGGACAUGUGGAGCAUCGGGGUCAUCUGCUACAUCCUGUUGAGCGGUGAAUCUCCGUUCCAGGGUGAAAGUGACGCAGAGACUCUGGCUCUCGUGACAGCAGCGCAGUGGGAGUUUGAUGAGGAGAGCUUUGAAGAUAUCACCGACCUGGCAAAGGAUUUCAUUAGAUCUCUGCUCAGCAAAGAUGCCAGGCGCAGGAUGGCGUGUGAUGAAGCCUUGGCUCAUUCCUGGCUGGCAUAUACUUGUGUAGACACCACCAAAAACCUUUCCAAAGACAAGAUGAAGAAAUUCCUGACUAGGCAGAAGUGGAAGAAAACAGGCAAAGCUUUGCUGGCUCUGAAGAGGAUGGCUAUAUUGUCUAAACCAGAGGCUUCCGCAAGCUUGAGCCCUGUAGAUGAGACCGAGCAGGCACUGCAGUCUCUGGAGCUGAAGCUUCAAUGUAAACCUGAGUUCACGAGGACUCCGUCUGACCUGACUGUCCCGCAGGGCUCCAGCGCCCAACUCUCCUGUCUCAUCACAGGUUACCCUGACCCUGAGGUGGUGUGGCUGAAGGACGGGGAGCUGCUGGAGCUGCAGGAGGAGUGUGUGAAGGUGGACUAUGAGGAGGACGGCAGCUGUACUCUCACCCUAGAGAACGUCUCUCCGCACCACAGCAGCCUGUAUUCCUGCAAAGCCACUAAUGUACUCGGGGAGGCACUGUGCUCCGCUACUCUUACUGUAGAGGAGAAAUGACAAGCACAUGAAUUCAUAAUGGCAUAAAAAACACAUAAAUACACACACCUGACAGAUUAAAAUAUACUGAUGCAGCUAUUGCCGAUACAAUUGUGAAUUCAGUGUUAAAACUGUAAUAAAUAUCUAAUUGAUGCUAUUAUGCUUAUUAUUAUGUUUGUGAUUCAUGCUUAUUUUUAGAUUAUUAUUGGACUUUGGUUCAAUAUCAUUAACUGUGAGCAAUUUUUAGCACUGUAUGACUUUUCAACACAGUCUUGAUUUUUAAAAACGUUUAAAUUCUCAUUUAUUUACACACGGCUUGGUGUCUGAUGGGAAAUGGGAGUCUAAAUACCUGUAUGUUUAAUUAACUGAUUAAAGUCAGCAUGAAAUGGAAAUUCACCUAUUUUCAAAAUGCAUUAUUAUAUUAUAUAUUAAUAUUGUUGUGAACAUUUCAUGCCUGCAUAAUUUUCUUUUUUUCAAUUUCUUUCUUAUAAUAUUCAAUAAAAAUGUCAUAACUCUCAACUUUUCAAAACAUCAAACUUCUUCAUUCAUUUAAUGCACUUAAAUGAGCACACAACCAACUGCAAGCUAUAUUCAGAUCUGGCUAUAUUUUGAGUGCAAUUCCCUCGUUAAAAUCAACAGAUGAGUAGGACCAAGUUCCAGAAGAGUUCAGAAAAGGUCUGACUUGUGACAGCUUGCUCGAAAUACAUUCCCAAUGAACUGAGACCACUCAUUAAAAUGUCAACAUGUCAAGCAUCAUGCUGUUAUUAAUGUCCAAACAGGCUGUUUGAAGACACACUUUACAGACACAUUUGACAAUAAAAAUGCAGAUUUGAUAAUAAUAAAUUAUCUUACAAACUAACCUGCACAUGUGCUUGUUUCAUCUGUAAAGAGUCAUUCUAUUGAUUUGAAUUAUAUGAUGUUAUGAACUUCAUUGGAAUCCUCAAAUCUGCAUUAUGCUUUGAUCGCAAAUUUGGUAACCAAAUGUUCAUAUGCUGAUUUCAAUGUAAAGGAAACCUCCUAAGACACAUUUGCAGGUUUGAUGAUAUCUGUUACUGAUGCUGUACGUGCCAUUUUGACAAAGUAAUUCCAUGUUGUGGUCAUUUGCCACCAGCCAUUUGACGUGACAUCUGACGUGUCCAUAUCAGUAACACUACAUGUUGCAGUCAUUUGUGACCACAGUAUUUGUUUGAGAAUGGAAGAGCACAUCUACUAGGCUUUUAAAAGCCACACUUUUAGACAAUUCUGGUUGUUCAAUAGGUAUCAGACAAUAAACAAAUGACACCAUUUAUUUGCAUUUAUGUGGUUAUUUGAUGCUUAUUUUAUGCAUGAUUUAUGGGUUUUCAACAGGCCACAUGUCAAAAUAACCAAUCCUACACGUGAUAU